AUGGCUGAAUCCGAGGAGGAACCUGAAGAGGACCCCGAGGAGGAGUCUGAAGAGGAACCCGAGGAAGACCCCGAGGAGGAAUCCAAAGGGGAACCUGAGGUGGAAUCCGAAGGCAGACCUGCCGAGCCAGUGGUGGACCAGGAGGAGGAGGAGGAAGCCGAAGGAGGUCUCGAGGAGGAACCCAGUGAAGACGAAAAUGGUAAGAACACUAACAUUUCCGAUAAAGACUUACCAACAAUGAGAGAAACAAGAUCAAUGCAAAAGAGGAAAAAUGCGAAAGAUAAAAAAGAAACAAAAGUACCAAAGAAAAUAAAGCAUCAAAGCAGAAAAAGUCCAUCGAAAAGGAAAACUCCUGAAAAACAACAACUACAAGAUUCAGACUCUGAUUUUGAAAGUAGUCAUCCAUCGAAGAAGGCAAAAAAAAGGAGUCACCAAUCAAAAAAGACUAAAAAAAACAAUGGUAAAAGAAUUUUACUUAAUGAAAAAAACAGAUGUUCACCAGAGGCAUUACUAUCUUUAAUCCUUGGGAUGAGCAAAGAACAAAAAGAAUAUGUAAGAUCUAUGGGUUUUGGAGCUUUGUUAAAAAUGAAAAUCACGGAUAUACCACUGAAGCUGGGAUUUUAUGUUCUUCAAAAAUUUGAUUCUGAGAGAAUGGUGAUAGAUAUUGAAGGAAAGGAAUUGAAAGUAACAGCGGAGUCUGUUCAUGACAUGUUGGGCAUACCAAUUGGUGGAACCAAACUUACACAACUGGAUCAAUGGCCUAAGGAUGAUACAAAGAAGAUUAGAUAUCGAGAGACAUUUGAACAAGAAAAAGGUAGAUUUGGAGUUGGAGAAUUAAACGAAGAAUUUGUUAAUGAACAAGAUGAAGGAGAUACAUAUCUCGAAGACAGUGAUUCUGAUAAAGAUGAAGAUCAUUCUGUUGAGGCAUAUGAAUCAAAAAUAUCAAAAAUGCUUAAUAGUUUUGAGAGGAUGAAGGAAAAGCUGAAUUCAAAGCUUAAUGAUGCGAUGACAAAGUUCCCUGAAAAGGAAAGUUUUAGAAUUUUCAAAGAAAAAGAUGACAAAUAUGAUUGUUGA